CUGAUGCCCCAGAAAAUCCCCGUCCAGGCUUUGCGCGCGCGGCCCCUCCGACCCCCGUGCGUUUCCCUUUGACCUCCGGAGACUUGAACCCUUCCCUGGCUGUGUGGAGCCGGCCCUCCCGGGAGCUAUCGAUCUGUAACACCCAGGACCCCUGAUAGCCCGACACCUCCGCCCACCAGAGCAGAGUCCUGGCCCGUGGUCGUGCAGUCCAGGGGGCUGGAUGGCAUGCUGGACCCAAGCUCAGCUCAGCGUCCGGGCCCAAUAACGGCUUUAUCAAGGGAGCAGCUUUCUGUCCUGGCCACACUGAGGUGCAUAGCGUAAUGUCCAUGUUGUCCUACACUCUGAUCACAGCUCUUUUGAUCGGCAUACAGGCAGAACCACACCCAGAGAGCAAUGUCCCAGCAGGACACGCCAUCCCCCAAGCCCACUGGACUAAGCUUCAGCAUUCCCUCGACACAGCCCUCCGCAGAGCCCGCAGCACCCCGGCCGGGGCAAUAGCCGCGAGGGUGGCAGGGCAGACCCGCAACAUCACUGUGGACCCCAAACUUUUUAAAAAGCGGCGACUGCGUUCACCCCGCGUGCUGUUCAGCACACACCCCCCACCUGUGGCUGCAGAUACUCAGGGUCUGGACUUGGAGGCGGGUGGUGCUGCCUCCUUCAACAGGACUCACAGGAGCAAGCGGUCGUCAUCGCACCCUGUCUUCCACCGGGGGGAGUUCUCGGUGUGCGACAGCGUCAGCGUGUGGGUGGGGGACAAGACCACCGCCACGGACAUCAAGGGCAAGGAGGUGAUGGUGCUGGGAGAGGUGAACAUUAACAACAGUGUGUUCAAACAGUACUUUUUUGAGACCAAGUGCCGGGACCCCACUCCCGUGGACAGCGGAUGCAGGGGCAUCGACUCCAAGCACUGGAACUCAUACUGUACCACGACGCACACCUUCGUCAAGGCGCUGACCAUGGACGGCAAGCAGGCCGCCUGGCGGUUCAUCCGGAUCGACACGGCCUGUGUGUGUGUGCUCAGCAGGAAGGCUGGGAGAAGAGCCUGACCUGCAGGGCAGCCCCCACCCUCCCCGAGCUCCCCCUCCACACCCUCCUGGGCCCCUCCCUACCUCAACCUGUAAAUUAUUUUAAAUUAUAAGGACUGCAUGGUAAUUUAUAGUUUAUACAGUUUUAAAAAAUCAUUAUUUAUUAAAUUUUUGGAAGCAUC